AUGGCCUCAACACAACCAGAAGCUGAUGUCGAUGAACCAAAUCAAACGGCUAGCGAUGUAGAGAUCGACCACGGGUAUGACAGCGAGGACUCGGGUUUUGAGCAAGAUUCCGUCUUGACACAAUCGGUUCGGUCAAGCAUAUACCAAUACAAGGUUGAGAAUGGCCGGACAUACCAUGCAUAUAAAGAAGGCCAAUAUUUCAUGCCAAACGACUUAGCCGAGCACGAGCGCCUGGAAUUGCAACACCGUGCAAUGUUUCUUGCCGCUGGUGCCGAGCUCUUCUAUGCACCUGUCACACAGCUUCAGCAUGUCCUGGAUCUAGGCACAGGCAUUGGAACAUGGGCCAUCGAUGUGGCCGACGCGCACCCCGAGGCCAUCGUGACAGGCGUAGACCUGAGUCCUAUUCAACCCUCGAUCGGUCCACCAAAUGUCAGAUGGGAGAUUGAUGAUGUCGAGGACGAUUGGACAUGGCCCCUAGACCACUUUGAUUUGAUAUACAGCCAAUUCAUGCUCAGCGGAAGCAUCGCCGAUUUUCAAAAGUAUUUUCAACAGGCUUUUAGACACUGCAGGCCAGGUGGCUACUUUGAGCUCCACGACCUGGCCACGUACCUACGAAGCGACCAUGCUCCGAUUAGUCCAGAGAGUGUCGUCGACGAGUGGUGUCGCCUCAUGCGACAAGGCAUCACCGGCAUGGGGCGCAGGCUUGACCUAAACUUUGAAGAACUCGGGGAUCUAAUGCGAAAAGUUGGCUUUGUCGACGUGGUUGUCCGGCCGUUCAAGAUCCCUAUAGGUCGAUGGCCAUCUGAUAAAAGGAUGAAGGAAGCAGGACUGUUUCAACUGUCCGCGAUGUUGAAUGGCGUCGAAGCAUUGACCCUCGCCGUCUUUACGCGCUGCUUGGGCUGGGAGGCAGAACGUGUUCAAGUAUUCCUAGCUGGUGUGAGGAAAGAGUUUAAAGCCACGAAACGCUAUACCUACUGGCCAUGCGCCGUCAUUUACGGCAGGAAGCCUGGACCGGUGCCCGUACUAGGCGAUGCACCGUAA